UUGGAGCCACGUGUUCCAGGAAUGGCUGGGUACACCACGGCGAUACAAUAUAAAGGCAACGUCAAUCACCUUCUCACACUUUUUAAUAGCUCCCCUCCAUGACUCUCAUUCUCCAUCACUAGAAACUUAAGAUUAAAGGAACUUUACUAUAUUUCGAGUAGAGUUUAAUCCCCUAAAAUGGAUCUCCUUCAUAGCAAUGGCGUGCUUAUCAUUCAGCAUUUACAGAGGGACUACAGGGCUUACCAGGAUUUCCUUAAUUUUAUGUCACAUGUUGGCGACCCCCGGAAUAUAUUCUCAAUUUAUUUUCCUCUUUGGUUUCAGCUCAACCAAGUGGUUGGUACUAAAAUGAUAUGGGUGGCAGUCAUUGGUGAUUGGUUCAACCUCAUAUUUAAAUGGAUUUUGUUUGGGCAUCGCCCGUACUGGUGGGUGCAAGAAACAAUGAUUUAUCCCAAUCAGUCAAGCCCAUGCCUUGAGCAGUUUCCUAUAACAUGUGAAACUGGACCAGGAAGCCCAUCUGGACAUGCCAUGGGAUCUUCCUGUGUCUGGUAUGUAAUGGUCACAGCAGCACUUAGCUACACAGUUAGGUGGAAAGAUAAAUCAGCAGUUACCCUUCACAGAUUGACAUGGUCAUUCCUCUGGAGUAUUUUUUGGAUUAUCCAGAUCAUUGUGUGCAUCUCAAGAGUAUUUAUAGCAACACAUUUCCCUCAUCAAGUUAUUCUUGGAGUAUUUGCUGGCAUUCUUGUGGCAGAAGCAUUUGAGCAUACCCCUGCUAUUCAGACAGCAAGCUUGAGAAUGUACAUCAAGACAAACUUGUUUCUUUUCAUCUUUGCCCUUGGCUUUUAUCUGGUCCUCAAGCUUCUUGAUAUUGACUUGCUAUGGUCUGUUCCAAAGGCCAAGAAGUGGUGUGCCAACCCAGACUGGAUAAACAUUGACACAACUCCAUUUGCUGGACUGGUGAGGAAUUUAGGUGCACUCUUUGGCUUAGGUCUUGGAAUUAAUUCUGAAAUGUUCAUCACAAGCUGCAAAGGUAAAAAUAGCUGUAAAAUAAGUUUCCGCGUAUUUUGUAUAGCUGCUUCUUUAGCUAUGCUGCAACUGUAUAAUUUCAUUAAGAUCCCUACUCAUACUGAGUAUUUGUUCUACAUUCUCUCGUUUUGUAAGAGUGCAGCUAUGCCUCUGACUGUAGUUGCCUUGGUUCCAUACUGUGUCCACUCAUUAAUGAGGACAACUGAAAAGAAACUUAAUUAG